ACCGUCGGCAAGACCGGCGCCAAUAGCAAGACCAUCAACAUCGCCCCGAAGAAACCCCCACCGACCCGCAAAUUCGUCCUACUCAACGCCUACGACGAACGUCUCGACACCUACCUCCCCGACACCGACAAGUCGGCCGAACUCCGCUACGCCAAACGCAUGGCAUCGACGGGGAAAUGCUGCAACGAUUUCUACCUCAGCGGGAAGUGCGAGAAGGGCGAGUACUGUGAUUACAAGCAUACUGAAAAGCUCACGCCCGCGGAGGUGUUAGUGUUGAAGCACAAGGCGCGGUCGCGGAGUUGUCCGCAGAGAGCGUAUUGUCGGGACGUGGACUGU